CCCGGCCGCGGGCGCUCCUCUCCCGCCGCCGCCGCCGCCGUCAGCCGCAGUGAGGUGCCGAGCGAUGACGGGGUACGGGUCGCUGACGACCGGCCGCCGCGGCUGGCUCCUGGCCGCUCAGCUCCUGCUGGUGGCAGCAGCUCUGCUCACAUUGCUCACACUUCUUCUGGUGAGAUACUCCGACCGGUCAAGCAGCGAGGCGGCCGAUGAGUGUCGCCGACGUCGGGAGGCCAUGGUGGUGCUGCCGCCCGAGCCGGACGACCCGCAUCUGAUGGUGGAAUAUCUGGUGGACCACCUCACCCUGCCCAAGAGCAAGCCGUGCCAGCGCGAACUGACGCUCGGCGGCGAGCCGCACGAGUUUUCCAACAACAGCGUGGCCGUGGUGGGCCUCAAGUGCGUCUGUCUGGACCCGGGCUUCAGCCUGGCGCUGCACGACUGUCUGGUGAUCGCCUCGCGGCCGGCUCUGGAGGCCUCCUUUGACGCGGCAGCGGCCCUGUUCGGCUGCGAGGUGCACUCGUUCGGCGUGGAGCGCGGCCGGCGGCUGGUCGGCUCACGGUGGCCGCUGCCCGGCGGCCGGCGGCCGGUCAGCGUCCUCGCGCUCCACCUGGACGGCGAGACACUGGCCGACCUGGGGAGGCGGCCUCUGGACGCGCUGGACCGGGUCGAGCAGCUGACCGUGCACCUGAACCUGACGGCCGUGCUGACGGCCGGGUCUGCUGGAGACACGGCGCCGCUGCGCCGGCUGUACGGCAGCCUGCUGAGACUGCAGGAGGCCGGCUUCCACCCCUACUCGUCGGCCAUCGCCGAGGCCGAGAACGUACUGGACGUGACACUGCCCGGCCAGCGCAGUCCCAUCAGCACCCUCAGCGAGGUCGGCUGGAUGAAACUGAUGUGUGACACCUAAAGCAGGCUGAGUGAACACUGCGGCAUGCGGGUGGCGAAUAAUUCUCCGCGGCGACGCAUUGUUGCAGCUUGAAACGUUAUCUUUUUAUUGGAUUUGUAUAUUGUCAUAACUAUGUCUGUGAUUCCAUAAUAAUGAGAUAAAUAAAGGUCAAAAGUUAUGUAAG